UGAUUUUGCAUUCCCGGGUAGGGGGAGAGCGUGAACCACACACUCGCCCUACCUACGCCACUAUUCCUGCCCACUCCUGCACGCUGUUUUUUCGAGCCAUGCAAAGCAGUGCUCUUGCAGUUGAAAGCACACAUAUACAGCACACAGUAACGCAGCCCACAGCACAUAGUUAACCCUUUGAUCGCCACACAUGUUAACCCCAUCCUGCCCAGUGCCAUUAGUACAGUGUCAGUGCUUUUUAUUAGCACUGAUCACUGUAUUGGUGUCACUGGGGUUGUCAGUGACACCAAGUCAAUUCCCUGCAGUGUCCAAAUGGCGCGCCGCCCAGACCUACUAU